AUGCUCGGAGAUGUUCGCGAUUGUCGACUGACGCCAGAACGCUUGCCGAUGAUGGCCACCAGGAUGACUGAUAAACGCACCAUCCAUCAGUAAUCCUCGAUCACGACAUGAAGGAAACCCGCGUCAGCAACGUUCCCCACAGGCAUGAGCGUCACCCGUCAAGAUAUUCGCAGCUGAUCCCGCUCUCGCCGUUCUCUAUUCAGGAGUUAUUGUAUUGGUUACGGAAUCAGCAGUUUGGGGAAGAUGUCGAUAUAUAUAUAGAGGCCAGAAGCACGCUUUUCAGUGACCGAAAUGUUCUAACGCUUUGUCUUCAACCUCCGGUGCUCCGGAUCCUAGCCGGGGGUGGUUUCUUACGUCGAGGACUUGUACGUCGAUCCGGCCAUCCGUACAUCCGCACACUCUCCGGGGUCAGGGACAGAGAUUCGAAAGCAUAUCUGAAUGUUUUUCUACUGUUUGAGACUUGCGACUUUCGAUGCAUAACGAUAUCUUAUGCCUUGAAUAUGCACUUGACGGAUGCAUGUGAUGCCGAUAUUUCACAUCAACACAUAACGGGCGACAUUGCUCGUCGGGAAGCCAACAAUGUGCCACCUUCUUGCUUCGAGAAUCGCCUUUAUGAAUUCGAAAAUCCGGGUGUAAUAGCGCACGGAAGCGUUUUCGACCCAUUUAGAGUGGUCUUCCCCAGAGUUUCAGACAUAGCCGUUGCGCAACCGGCAGCAGUGUCCUGCUAUCUUAUUCAUCAUUUUCUGCCGUGCCCACACGUAAGAGUCUGCCGCCCUGUCGAACCUUUGUUCGGCCUGACGACGAGCUCUCGAGGAACGUCAGUGAUGCCCAAGAUACCCGGUAUGAGCGCAUGGACCCUGCAUGAAUGACUGCACUGGUGGCCGUUGUGCUUGGGAGUCUGUGAAGAAGAACCUUGCAAGA